AUGGAACAUCUCCCUUAUCACAUCCACAUCAAGGUACCCAUAAGAGAAUGGACAAGUAGAGUCAAGCAACAAGGUCCUCAUCAACAAUAUGAAGAAACACUAGAGGGUAAUAAAGGAAAAUGGGUAGAUGGACUACCCAACAUACUAUGGGCGGAUAGAAAAACUCCAAAAGGCGCAACAGGUCACACUCCGUUCUCACUAGUGUACGAGUGUGAAGUAGUAAUCUCCACAGAAGUAGAAGUCCUUACUACAAUAUACAGACUAAUGACUAAAGACAAGAACCAAGCUGAGUUGGAACACAACCUGGAUACAGUAGAAGAAAUCAGAGAAGAUGCAAAAAUGAGAAUGGCAGCCUACCAACAAGAAGUAGCAAGGAGCUUCAACAAGAACUUAAGAGCAAAAGUCUUCAAGAUAGAAGACUGGGUACUCAGAAAAGUGUACGAGAAUAGAAGAGAAGUGAACGUUGGAAAAUUAGUACCCAACUAG